AACAACGGCGACAACAUGCAACAAGCUAUUUUACAAAUUCGAAGGUUGACGUUGUCCCUCACAACACAGGUAAAUCUCCAAGCCCGACAUCUUCACACCCAAAAUGGACCGUUGGCAUUUAGAACAUCAGCUGUGCUAGGCGGUGAGCCAAUGAAGAAAAGAAAGAAACAAGAUCCGAUGAUUGCCAUUCAGCGGGAGAAGAAGAAGGAGCGAAAGCUAGAAAAGGCCAUCAAACGUCUCGAGAAAUUCGGAAGAAAACUGAAGCCGAUUGAGGAGAUUGCUGGUGACACUAAGUUACGGAAAGAGGCAAAUAUUCGCAGGAGAGAUGGUCCAGUUCUUACAUUUGAGGAGGCAGAAGAGCGAGCGUUAGUAGAAAAGGAUUGGUGCCGGUAUAAGGUACAGAUGUAUAGAGACCAGUGCUGGACGAUAGCGAAGACCCAGGCAGCGCAGGAGAGAGCACUAGACGAACUACGGAAGGAGUCGGAGGAGUUAUAUCAAAAGGCUAUUCAGAUUGAUUCGAAAUUGAUACCAUUUAAAAAGUCCGGACCCGUUGACACGCCUCCAAUUAAGGACUAUGACUGUCCUGAUGGAGAUUAUACAGAUACGACAAAAACUUACUGAGACAGUAUUCAAAUAGAACGCGACAAAAGAGUGAGUGGAUUCAAAUGGAUCAUGUUUUUAUCUUGCAUGAGGAUUCUCAAUCUUGAGGAGGAUACAUUGUUUCUUCAGCGCAUCUGCUCUGUCGAGUUCACUCUCCAAGCAGAUCCUCGGAUAUUCUCUCUGCCAACACAGACUACCACUACACCAAGUGAUCACAGGUAGUUGAAAAUACCAGAAUCAUCAAAUUAGCAAUUGAUAAGACCCCAAUCACCACACAGCCUACAGCCAAUACAGACACUAGUAAUAUGUGUAUUUUCUGUUAAUAGGUUAUGUAUUUCAUUUAAUUUGGAAUGGAUAGAUCGCUAUGAUUCUGGUAUUUUCACGGGCCUGUGAUCUACUCCAGGAAAGUGGGUGGAGAUGGAGAUUGUUGUGCCUAUUGAAGGGGGCCGAUCAAAAACUCAGAGUACGAAUACAAGCAUGCUCUGCACAUGAAAUUGGGAGUGUCCCAACUGGGAAGUCAUGCCAGGAGACUACUGUACUGUAAACUGCUAAUUUUGCGUUGGGUUUAAUUUUCACGAUUUGUGAAAGUCGUUUGUUAGGUGUGUACGUCAUUUAUGGACGGCCCCUAAGCUAAAUAAAUAAGGUCGUUGAGUACAUCCAGCCUUGUCAAUGCAUAUAAUAAAACAUCAAGUUUUAGUUUGUAUGAUAUAGUUUAUUCUCAA